AGAACGUAUUGUAACCUUCUCUCAGUCCAACGUGGUUCCUUCAGCCGGGCUGCUGGUCCCGUCCCUUCCUACACUUGUUGGAAUCAGAAGAGCAAUAAAGGCCUGAAUUGAAAUACCAACAGCCUCCUCACUUGGCAGUUACCUCUUGGUCCAGAGCUGAAGCAUGUAAGCAGGACAGUGUGGUAUCCACUCCUAAUAAAUGUAAAAUAUUUAUGAGGAAUCAAAGAUGAAUUUGGAGCAGGAGAGGCCUUUUGUCUGCAGCGCCCCAGGCUGCUCGCAGCGUUUUCCAACAGAGGAUCACCUGAUGAUUCACAGGCACAAACAUGAAAUGACUUUGAAGUUUCCUUCACUCAAAACGGAUAACAUGUUAUCAGACCAAACUCCGACACCAACCCGAUUCCUGAAGAACUGUGAGGAAGUGGGCCUCUUCAACGAUAUAGACUGCUCCUUAGAGCAUGAGUUUAGAAAGGCACAAGAAGAAGAGACCAAUAAAAGGAAUAUUUCAAUGCAUAAUUCUGUUGGUGGAGCCAUGGCAGCCCCUGGGACACACCAGCUCUCCAAUCCAAGGAUGCCAAACCAUGACACCAGCAUUGUGAUUCAGCAAGCGAUGCCAUCUCCACAAUCCAGCUCGGUCAUUACGCAAGCACCUUCUACAAAUCGGCAGAUUGGGCCUCUCCCAGGCUCUUUGUCAUCAUUACUGCACCUGCACAACCGGCAAAGACAGCCCAUGCCUGCAUCUAUGCCUGGUACUCUUCCUAACCCCACCAUGCCUGGAUCCUCUGCAGUUUUGAUGCCAAUGGAGCGGCAAAUGUCAAUGAAUUCCAGUAUCAUGGGGAUGCAAGGCCCAAACCUCAGUAACCCAUGUGCUUCAUCGCAAGUCUCUCCAAUGCAUUCAGAAGCCAAAAUGAGGUUGAAGGCAGCAUUGACUCACCAUCCUGCAGGCAUGUCCAAUGGAAAUAUGAAUACUAUGGGUCACAUGAUGGAAAUGAUGAGCUCCCGACAGGACCAGACCACCCACCAUCAUAUGCAUUCGCAUCCACAUCAGCACCAGUCGCUUCCACCUCAUCAUCCAUAUCCUCACCAGCAUCAGCACCCAGCACACCAUUCUCACCCUCAAGCCCAUCACCAGCAGAACCAUCCACAUCACCACUCGCAUUCACACCUUCACGCACACCCGGCACAUCACCAGACCUCGCCACAUCCGCCACUGCACACGGGCAGUCAAGCACAGGUAUCAGCAGCAGCCCAACAAAUGCAACCCACUCAGACAAUACAGCCACCUCAACCCACUGGGGGUCGCCGAAGGCGAGUGGUGGAUGAAGAUCCAGACGAGAGGAGGCGGAAAUUUCUGGAACGAAACCGAGCAGCUGCCACACGUUGCAGACAGAAGAGGAAGGUCUGGGUGAUGUCACUGGAAAAGAAAGCAGAAGAACUCACCCAGACAAACAUGCAACUUCAGAAUGAGGUCUCUAUGUUGAAAAAUGAAGUAGCACAGCUGAAACAGUUGUUGUUAACACAUAAAGACUGUCCAAUUACAGCCAUGCAGAAAGAGUCACAAGGAUACCUAAGUCCUGAAAGUAGUCCUCCUGCCAGUCCUGUCCCAGCCUGCUCCCAGCAACAAGUCAUUCAGCAUAACACAAUUACCACUUCCUCUACGGUCAGCGAUGUGGUGGGAAGCUCCACCCUCAACCAGCUUGCAAGUCACAGAACAGAUAUGAAUCCAAUCCUUUAAAAGCUAUCUGUUGGGAACUGCUAGGGGAAAAGGCGAUAAAAUAUCCUAUUUCCUUUCUUUUAAAGGCAUUUAUUUUUUCAGCGUUAUCCUCAGAUCUGGAAAACACUUCAGCCCUCAAAAGACUCUGCGUUGCAUUUUUAUAGUUAUUAAAAUGUCUUUUAUACUUAGUAAUAAUAAAGGGAGUUAUGCAAUGAUUAUGCUAUCAGCUUGAGAGAUGCUUUGGUGCUUUCUCCAGUUUUCUGGUACCAGUUAUUUGUUUUGUUAACCAAUCUGUUCCUGUACAUUGUCAUGUUCUUUUCUCACCAUUACAGGCUGUGAUAUCUGAAACAUGUGAAACUGCUACUUGUUAGCCAAAAUGAGGCUUAAGAAAUAUUAACAAGUUAUACACAGGCAGUAAGGCAUAAUUGGGCUAUAAAUACACGGAGGAAGCCUGGUUGACAAAGUAAUAAGUACAUUUGUUUUUGCAAAAGCACCAGAUCUUCAAAUGCAAU